CCAAUGCCACCCCUUCCCAAAUCCCCUUUCCUCUGCUGCCUCGUGCUCUCUCCAGUCACCUCCCAUGGCGGCACACAUCCGGACUCUGAUUCCGCCCCUGCUUCCUCGUCCGCUCGGCAGCCUUCCGGCUGGGCCUUCUCGCACCCAGUUCGGGCGACUCAAGCUCACCUGUCCGGCGGCCUCAGGAGGCAGCGGGCCGCCGGCGGAGAAGGGGGACGGGAAGCCGCCCCAGGGAUCCUCCCUGCCGGCGCUGUCGGAGAUUCGUUGGGGGGAGCUGCUAGCGCCGUCCCCGGACAACGCCGCGGCCGUUGCGCUCACCGCCGCGCUGGUCUGGGCCGGCGCGUCGCUGCUGCUGCAGCUGGUGCUCAUCUCUGCCUCCAUCUUCGCCGCCGCCCUCAAGUACUCCUUCGUCGCCGCGCUCCUCCUCUUCGUCCUCAUCGCGCUCCUAUGACCUUCAGCCUGGACUAGCCUUGAAGUUAUAGUGGUGCUACUAAAAGAUAUUAACUGCGUACUCCUCUCAGAUCAAACUACUGAUGCAAUGAAGCU